CCCCAUCAAAUGCCAGCAAAAUCCAAGCUUUCAUUCUCUCUCUCUCUCUCUCUCUCCAUUUGAGACUUCCCUCGCUCAGAGCUUGAUACAAGUUCAGAGUUUCAUCUGAAGCAAUGCUGACCAUGGCCAUAGAACCCAAGGUCAACGCCGCCCUCAUGCAGCGUCUGUCCUUCCCCUGCUCCGACGUUGCCCUGAGGCCGCCAUCCAAAGCUUCGUUUUUUGCCGCGCGAAAGAACUGCCCGAGUGCCGGGCUCAAAGUGGGUCGUCGCGGGUCGAGAGGACUCGGAGUCUCGGCGGCAUCCGCCGAAGCGGUGGUCGUCGCGGAAGAGACGUCGUCGGCAGCAGGCUCUUCCCCUGAAGUUGCGCAGGGCAAAGAGAAGCUUGGAGUGGUUGUAAAGCCAAUGGACAAACCCAGACUUGUCUUGAAGUUUAUUUGGAUGGAGAAGAACAUUGGGAUUGCACUAGAUCAAAUGAUACCUGGCCAUGGCACAAUUCCAUUGAGUUCCUACUACUUUUGGCCAAGGAAAGAUGCGUGGGAGGAGCUUAAGGUCUUACUUGAAAGCAAACCUUGGAUUUCACAGAAGCAGAUGAUUAUUCUUCUUAAUCAGGCUACUGAUAUCAUUAAUUUGUGGCAACAGAGCGGCGGCGAUUUAUCGUAAGCUGUAGCAGUAACAUUCUGGAGUUUGUACUUCUGUGGUCAGUUGUUAUAUCCAAGUUAGUGAAGUUUCUUGUACUCCGAUAUAAUUUCUUUGAACAUUUGUAUUUUUGCUUCAGAUAAUGUGUAUUCUUUCUGUUGUAUCAGCCUAUCUGGUUCUGUUUAAUUACGUAUCUUAUUUGAGGUAAAGUUGAGGAUGGAGGGUAAUGUAUUGCGUUCAAUACCAUGCAACAAUUCCUGCCAUAAUAUAUAUUCUACAGAAAAGUUCUGGGUGGCU